UGAAAGCCUCACUAAGCCCUUCAGCUGCUUGUCCUUUUGUCAGAUACAGAGAUGUGGUCAAGAGCACGCAACGAGACAUUUCAACCGACAUAAUGAGCAACCUGUGGAUUUAUUUUUCACAUCUUUGACACGUGGCAGCGUAAUGUCAAAAUGGAUUUAUCAACAUUUUGUUUUGGCUGCAUCCUCAUCGGAAGAGCUUUCAUCAGAUUUAACAAUCUCUGCCAUCCAAGGGUAACCGACAAAGCAGGUGGCUAAGGACCUUGGAUAUUCUUUGCAUCGCUCACCACUAUAUGUACUAUUGUGAAAUCACCGAGAUGAUGAAUGUGUAAGUUGAUAAUUGUAAAUACCAAAAAUGGGAUGCUCACCAUCCAGAGGGAACACUUUGGUGAAUCUGGGCUCCUUGAGAAGAGGAAGAAUGUUGCCCCCUGCACCUCAAGAGCAACCCAGAGAAGCUCAUUAUACAGAUGGAGAUCAUAACAAUUGUACUGGAUCUACUGUUGGCGACACUAAAGGCAGAAAGACAAGUGGACAAAAAGCAAUAUUUCAAAGAGAUGGUAAUAUGCCACCGCAAGAACACCUACAUGCAACUGUGUGUGCCCCAGAGGUAAAGGACGCAGAUAAAUUGAAGAGUCAAAGAAUGGAAAACAGCAUUGUCAUACAGAAAAAAGACAAAAAUGGGAAUAAACAGGAGAUAACAGAGAAAAAAUCAGGGAAGAAACCCCGAAGAAGAGGAAUGAAAGUGCUGAAAAAGACAGAAAAGGAAAUGCCGAAAAUUGAUUUCCCAGAGCCUCUGGUAAAAGCCCACCAAGCUGCUUAUGGCUUUCUAAAUCCCAGCAUAAACAAAUAUGAUGUUGUCCUUGGUCUACUGGAACAAGCAACUCAAACUCAAGCAUCUCUGCAGCCAAUGGUUUCUUUUAUGGCCUUGCGCUAUGAAGAAAUUAUUCGGGCACUGGAAAAAAUUGUUGAUGAAGGAGAAAUCAUGCUGAAAGAAUAUGGAGACCAACUUGCUUGGCCUUGUCAAAUGAAAAAACUCUCAUCAGCUGCAGCUUUAAAAUCUAUUUCAGCUAUUGAACCCCCACCUGAUUUGUUGCAGCAGCUGCUUCAAUACACCACACAGAGAAUGCAGAAUGUGAGCCAGACAGUUGGAGGAAUUGGGGACUCUGCCCUGGAGGAAGCUGUGGACUACUUUUCUUCAGUCUCUGAACUUUUAGAGGAGAAGCUGAAAGUCAAACGUGCAGUUGAGACCAGGAUAAUGCGACUCACCUCUCGCAUUGAAUUGGCAUCUCUUCGCAAACUUGGGCCUGAGGACUCUGCACUCUUCAGUGAGGACAGUGGUAUUGGUGCUGAGAGUGAAUCCAUUGCUGGGUCAGAAAAGCACCAUAGACGCGUGAGUUGUGAAUCCAGCGGAACAAAUAGAGCUACACCCUUCAGUCCAGUGGAAUAUACCUCCAUGACGGGAAUGUCAGUGAAAAGUCUUGCAUGUCAAAUGAGCCCAAGUGCUUCCCUUACUUCAUUGAACUCAUUAGCUUCUAUGUGCACAAUGAUGUCGAAUGCACAGGGGGACUCAUUACUAGGAUCAGUCUCUUUCGAUGAUGGUGAGGAAGAUGAUGAUGAGAACUAUAAGAGUGAUGGAGAAACCAGUAGUGGGCAAGUAAGCUUGAAAAAGCAAGCAAAUUAUUCACAUGAAAAAUGUGAACCAAAGCCACGGUGCUUACCCUUCAAAUUCAUUGAAAAUCCUAAAAACAUUGAAAUGACCAUCAAAAUGAAAAAUGCGUUGAAUGGCAAAAUACAUUGUGUUCAAGCGCAAAGUGCUGGUGCCAAAUCAAAAGUAGCAGUCAGUCCAAAAUCAGGUACAGGCCAAUGGCCUGAGGAAAAAAGACCAACUAUAAAGAGAUCGCAAACAACCGUCCGAAGAAGUGUGGUUAAAACAACCCCAGCGGCUAAAGAGAAGCGUUCCCGUUCAGCAGAAUCUUUGCGAAGCAGAGGGGAUGAUCCCACUUUGCCUGAACUGGACCGAUCACGGGAAAAAAUAGGCCAAAGAUUAAAGAAAGUCAACAAAAGAAAGGAAAAUACAAAGGGGAACCUGAAGACUACACCAUCUACAUCAUCACAAAAACAGAGAACUUCACCAGAUAACUCUCCGAAACAAAACCAAAAACAUCCAACUUUGGAGAAAGAUGGCAAUUUACGUGAAAGGGUGGCACAUUUGAAGUGUCUUACCAAAACUCAGGGAGUAACCACUAAGUUGGAGGAAGAUGAUGUGAACAAAGAUAAGAAAAUAUUCACAGGAGUUGUUAAAGCAACGCCACCCCCCAGCCCCCCUGCAUCCCCAAGACCAUCCUCAGGCCUGUACAGAGGAAGGAAUUCUGUCAAAAAACUCAUUGAUACUUUCAGUCAAGGAAUAGAAGAGAUGGACAGCCCUAAUGUUGUAGGACCACUUAGAGGUGUACGAAAGUGUGGUGUUCCGGUGUUACCAGGUUUAGGAAAUGUCAGCACUGUCCUUAACUAUGGAAAAACUAGUUGUAGAUCUCAAAGCACCUCAUGUGAAAAAAAUGAUUAUUUAGAACUGGAUCACCUUCCGCCGCCUACAUUAGAAGUAUUAUUGGACAAUUCAUUUGAAAGUGAACUUUCAUGUGGUGUAGCAGCUCAGGGGCCAGUGAAAGCUGUGACGUCACCUAUGGUAAAACGGGCAGGACCAUCACAGAGACUACGGGCCUCAGUUCAAUCUGGACCAGUGUUACCCAGCAAAGGAGGUGUGCCUCGAUGUUUAAAGGGAUCUUUUCCUGUUAAACGGGAUUCUCAAGUCACAACGUCACAGACAACUAUCAAUCAACCAGACAUUGACCCAGUGAUGGAAAUUAAUUCUACUCGGUUAAAGAAAUUCAGAAAAAUAAGAUAUUUUAAAGAUUCCUCAGAUUCAGAGUCUGAGAAAUAUUCAAUAAAUUAUGGAGCAACAUCCCAAUCUAGCGAUCCAGAUGAUUCCAUGAAUGUGCAGGAGAAUGACAACCUCUUUAUACGUGAAAUAAAUACUACAGUCUCUCAAGUGCCUCCUACAUCUGUAGCCAGUACUCAACCACUUGCCACUUCUCUGCUGUCUAAGGGGCGAAUUUUGCCAUCUACACCUUCUAUUUCAAAUUCUUCCCAUAGAAGACUUCCUAGUCCCCGCAACUUUAAAAAGUCACCAACACCGCCCUCUUCAGCUAGUCCCCCAGUUAAUAGAAAACUCACAACCCCGCCAGAAGGUCAAAUGCAUCUCUCCAGCUCUCCAGUUUUGAGGCCUAACACUUUAACCUCCUCAUACCCUUUGAAAGCACCAUCUCCACCAGCUUCUCCAAAAAUACAACGAUGGUCAAGAGAGAACAGCGCCGAAGAAUCUGCUCGGAUGAUCAGUAAUGCACGUUCUGUUUUCUGCCCCAUUUCGCCAUCCUUGUUUGAAGCCCAGCCCUCUACAACUUCACAAUUGUUUCAAGCCUGGACCUCUGUCGGAGGUGCUCUUCGCUCAACAAUUACCCGUGGAAAUCGUGGCAGAUGUUCGAUGUCAGCCCAAGGACCUCAACCUGUUAUUCGCCAAAGUCUCUCAAAAAGAAGAACAAGUAUGGACCUGACACCUAGAAACCUACUUCUUUCGAUGGCUGAGACCUUUGGAAGUGAGCCUGCAAUAUGCACACAAGGACUAGAUGAUGAACCAGCCAAGAAAGCGGAAUCAUGGGCAAGCCAAUCAGACCUCAGAGUGAUUCCACGUUCUGCAUCCCACCCAGAUCUAUAUGUUGUUGGACAAGCCUUGCACAGAGACAAAAUCGACCAAUGAAGUACCAGAGGGAUUAUGGAUUAACGGGUUUAAGAAAGGAUUUUAGGUGAUGCCACUCCGCUGGUGCGAGAGGAGUGACUAAUUCUCAUCACCUUGCUGCUGUGAGACAUGUUGUCAAUGUUUGUAUGAAUAGAUUCACUAUUUGGACACUACUGUAUCUCAACAUGUCCAAAUAUGACAUGCCAUAUUUCAGUAUGAUCAAAAAUUAUAUACACUUCAUCAGCUAAUAUCUGUGUCAUAUUCAGAUAUGCUCAUAAUACAGGAGCAGGUGAUUUAGAAAAACAAUUCUGCUUUUAUGUGUGUAAAAAAUAUAGCCGGCAAAUUGAAUAUUUCAUGGAACAUUCCUAAAUUGUCAUAGCAAAUUCAACAUUUCCAACAAGUUGACCAUUGUUUUUUAAUUUCCAGAAAUUAAUGCAUCAAAUUACUUUUGUAUUAAUUUUUGACAGUACUUAAAACAUAUAUACUGUGUUUUACUGUUAUGUCAUGAGCCUUUUUGCACUGUGUUUACCAAUAAAAUUUUGUAGAUAAGGAAAACAUUCCCUGCUGUUGUAUUUUUUCAGGUAUUGCACACAGCAAGCACAUUAGUUUGUUUACACUUGCAGGUGUCAAAGAUACAUCUACAAUUUCUUUCUGACAACCAUUAUUCUGUGUUGCUCAGGUGGCCAUGCAUAAUGCAUAGCAUCAGGGAGAAAAUGCAAAAACAAAUAAAGCUAGCAUUUCAUACCCUUAAAAGCGAGAGUUGUUCUGAAUGACCAAUGUGGGCAAUUUUAAACAUAACAUUGUUUUUGCUGCAAAAUUGAACGAGAUUUUAGCAUGUUAAGAUAAACAGUUGAAUUGUUUUGAAUGACAAUUGCACAUUUGCAUCCGCUUUGUAGUCAACAUAUUCUGCAAUAUGACAGCAGCAUUUGAACUCAACAGAACAGUCAAAACAUUGUAUGUUAUAUCAGCGUUCCUUCUUCCAGUACAGGA